CCAACCUCGGCAUGUGGCGCGGUCCUCGUUUCUUUUCCAAUGCCGGUCCCUUGGAACGUUCCGCCUCAUGGACGUUGCGGGAGCCGGCGCUCUUCGACCCCGGCGGGGGACCCACCGUGGCGCAUACCCUGGAGGUCAGCAAGCGCCCAGAAGACCUGCGUCUGGUGGCGGCCGCGGCCAAGGGUGAUCUGAGGGCGGUGGAGGCAGCACUACCGGAGGCCGUGGUGGAAGCACAUGUGCGACUUCCAGGAUUUCUUCGCGCGACCACAGCGCUGCAUGCAGCCAGUUCUGCCGGCGCCGUGGCGGUGGUCCAGCGCUUGCUCGAAGCUCGCAGCGCGGUUGCAGGGGGUCAUGGACAACUGCGGGCCUUGACCCCACUGCAUGAUGCUGGGACCGAGGAGGUCGCCUUACUGCUGAUGGCUGCACAUGCCAACCCAUGGGCCAACGACCCGCGUGAGCCGGAUCCGGCCUGGUAUCAUGAGCAGCGCAACCGCCAUGCCAUUGCACAGUUGAUUCGCCAGCGCCGGAGCGAUGCGGCUGUGGAGGAGUCGGCAUCGAGUGCAUCGCAGGCUGCGCUGCCUGUGCUGCCACUGUCUUCUCAAGAGUUGCAAAGUGUGCGAAGCUCAUUCUUGGCCAAGGGCUCGGCUGUACUGGAGCUUUGUGAACUUGAUCCGGAAAGCGCAGAGUGUUCCAUUUGUAUGGUGGAAAUGGUUGCUGAAGAUGAUGUUCUUUGUCUACCUUGUGGUGCAUCUCCAUCUUCAGAACUAAAGUCGGGUUGUCGCCCACAUGCGUUUCACUUAAAGUGUUUGGAAAAGUGGCUGUUGACCAAAGCGGGGGCCUGUCCCAUUUGUCGACACAGCCUCCGUGGAAAGCGUAAAACACGCAGUGCACCUGCACGAACUCGAGAGAUUGAAAUCCCAAGUCUUCAGUCUGUUCAACUGCAGCCCUUGCAACCGCUGGCGCAGCCACUACAGCCGCUGCAGCCGUUGAGUCGAGUGCCCGUGGCAAAGCCCCGGACUCGAAGUGCGCGACAUCGCUCUGGGCUGCCACUUCCAGAGAUUGAAACCCGAGCCCUGCUGCGGUGAAAA